ACUGCUGGAAGUUCUACAUACCAGGUGUUCUUUCGGGGCUGUGCGGAGUCGGGCUUCGUCGGGCCUUCGCCCAAAAUUCAAGAAGAUGGCCAGUUCAUCUAAGCAAGGACAAGGUGCUGGUGUGCUGACACCGCGGUACAUGGCCCUGCUGCAAAGUCUCUGCAGGCGGACUAAUCCGACAGUGGACGAAGUCACCGCCAUCUUCAACGAGGUGUUCCGUCGCGCUCUUGGGGCCGGCCGCUCCAGGCCUUCAUUAAGCUCCACGGUUUCGAGAGCUUGGGGCGCAGUGUUCGGCGGUUUAAAGAAACGCGUUGGCGGGGGGCGCCUUGCCGGCAGGGGUCGCGGUCGCAAGACUUCCAAAGGUGAUGACCCUGACGACGACGAUGAUGACGAAGACCGUUCAGACCGAUUGCCCUACGAACGUGCCUGCACUUGUCAGCGGGACGAGAAACGCUGUUGGCUCAUUGACGAGCUCGAUGCCUGGAACCGUAUUCUCGCGAAGGCCUUCUUUGAGGUGCGAGAACACAAGUGGGGCGAGCUCACCCUGCAGGGAUAUGGCGGGCCACUGCCGAUAGCGGUGCCAGUGCCACUACCCGACUUGCUUCGAGCUUCUCUGCUAAUGCACUUGAUGAUCCGCCAACACAGGUGCGUCGUGCGCAUCGUGCUGGACCUGAUGAGCAACGAUCUCGAACCUGUAAUGGUCUGGCACGCCAUCAAGACAUUCUCUCAUGAGUUGGAGUACUUGGAGUACCGUGCCAAUGACGCCCACUAUUCUGGCACGGUACCUCAAGUGGAAGGCGCCCUAUGGUCCCACGCCGUUGAGUCCCUGCAAAAUCUGCACACUCUCACCCUGCUUCGAGGAUACUUCGACAGAGAAGUCGUCAGGGCGCUUGGACGCUUUGCGCAACGCUCUACGAGCUUAGUUAAACUCGUCAUAAAGUCGGUCACGGUUGACGGAGACAGCGCCGCUAUAUUUCUGGACCAACUGGCUCGUAACACGUCGCUUAACAUUCUCAUACUGGAGCAUUGUUUGAUGAAAGACCGAGCAGGCGAAGCCCUUGCUGACUUCCUGCUUAAGCACGUUGCUAUAGAAAGACUCGAGAUCAUAGCCAGGAAUGACGUUAACCCAUCUGUAAUAAUGAGAGCCUCCGUGCGAAGUCCAAGCCUCAAAUCGCUCUCUCUCAGCGAGUGUAACAUCGAGGUCGCCGACAUCAGGUACAUGGCCGACGCCCUCAGUCGGCCUGCGCCUCCCACGCCACCCGAAGGGGAGAAGCCACCACCGGAAUCGCCGACUGGAGGCCUGCAGCAGCUCACCUUCAUCCGCUGCAAGUGCAAAGAUCCGCAACUGCAAAAGGCGUAUGCUUCUCUUAUUGGAGGUGUACUACGUCAUCUCACCUUCACCGCCUGUGAGCUGAGAGAUGCGUUCGCGUCAGAAGCCGCGUCGGAGCUGCACACCGACAAGCGCCUGAAACACCUCUACGUCCAGCAUAACCGACUGUCCAUCGCAGGAAACGGAAUGCUGUUGGAAGUCCUAAGGAAAAACAUGACGGUAGAAGAACUCAGCAUAAAUAUCACGAGUCAGCCGGAUGUCCGAGACCUUUUGUCAAUCAUCAAGAGAUACAAGCUCUCCUCCCGUGUGAUAAUCGGAUGGAAGAAUCCGGAUGGUAUGGACUUUCGUGAGGGACACGAUCUAUGCAAGAUAUCCUCGGCUUCCUUCAAUCUUGAUUAUCGCUACCCUUGCGACAGCACGCUGCUACUGGACACUCUCGUAAUCGACCGGAAAAUCAACGCCCUUACCCUGACGUGCACAGCUGGAACGACCAACUUUGUGGUCAAGUAG